AUGAACAACCAAAAUGAUUCAGAAGAAGAGUAUGUGCCUCCAGGAAAACGAUUAAUCACUCCUCCUGAUGUUGUUGAAAUUGAUCCAAACAUGACAGAACUAUUCCACGUUGGAACACAGGGUUGCAAAGUGACUCGAAUCGACGGAAUAGCUCAUCUCACCAAUCUCACCAGCUUGGUGCUCCGUUCAAACCUAAUCCACAAAAUGCAGAACAUGGAUACGCUCGUCAAUCUAGAAGUGUUGGAGUUAUACGACAACAAAAUCCACGAGAUUAAACACUUCUCCCAUUUAGUGAAUCUUCGUGUUCUCGACCUUUCCUUCAACAAAAUCAAAGAAAUCCCCGAUUUAUCUCCCUUACAACGCCUCGAAGAGCUCUACCUCGCCAGCAACGACAUCGAAGACAUGACCAAUGUCUGCACGCUUCCUUCUCUCCGCCUUCUCGACCUCGGCUACAACUCCAUCCGCCACAUCACCGGCGUCCAGUCGCUCUCUCGCCUCGAAAAGCUCUUCCUCGGCCGCAACAAAAUCGAAACAAUCUCCGGAUUGCAGGGACUUCGCCUUCGCAUUCUCGAUCUCCAGAGCAACCGGAUUCGCUCGUCGCGCGGCCUUGAGACCCUCGUCGAUCUCCAGGAAUUAUAUCUCGCGUAUAAUGGAAUUCCAAAAAUCGAGGGGAUGGAGGCGCUGCGGAGCGUGAACACGCUCGAUUUGACGCAUAAUUACCUCACCGACACGCAAGGAAUGCAAGGAUUCGCCUCGCUCGAGUUCCUCUGGUUGUCGCAGAACCCGAUUGAGACGUUUGAAGCGUUGGAGACACUCGGCGCAUUGUCGCGUCAGUACGGUGUGCUGGAAACGGUGUAUUUGGAACACACGCCGAUUUAUGAUAUGCCGGAGUAUCGAGAAAAGUGCUUGGCGUUGCUGCCGUCGGUGAAGCAGCUGGAUUCGUACUCGACGCGUGUUAGGGAAUAAUUAAUCCUUUUGCUUUGUGGAA